AUGGUGCAUCUUGCAUACGUCAGGACCACCGUCACGUGGACUGUUGAGGCAUACAUCGAUGGCGCACUGGUGUUAACUGGCAAGAUGGGACAGUUUACAGUAUCAAAUGACUACGAGUACCUCUUGGAGCUCGAUGCGGACAAGAACAUUAUUGGUGGUGAGUGGGUUGGAGACUCGAAGGUUGAUCACCCCGAUUUCCUGUGGUUUCCUACUGGUAAACCAGAUUCCUCUACUGUUACUAGUGUGGGUCUGAGUUAUGCCGAUGUUCAGGAGCUGCUGGAAUUAUCGCUAGCAUGCAACUCGACGACUGAUACUUCGAAGGAUCUACAACAGUACCAUUGA